UUGCUUGUAUCACCAAUACAAACUAUGCUUAAAAUGGUGUUCAACCUGAACAAGGGUAUGCAACUGAUAUUGUUAGCAAAUUGUAUUAACUGAUUAAAACCAAAGUAUGAUUUUUUUUCUUCUAAGACUGGAGCUACAGUGAUUGACUUUAUUCACAUUUAGGCAAACUUUCUGUACUUAAUAUUGUAACCGACAUUCAUUUGCUGUGUGCAUUUUUUCAGUAAACAAGUAGAAUCUAUAACAAAUGUUACAACUGCAGAAACAGUAUAUAUCAAUUCAGAUGAAAGUGAAUUUCUUGGCAGAAAAGUCUGCUUGAAAUGAUUAUAAAUAAACCUGGGAUUUUAGAGCUUUUUUUAAGACUAGAGGUCUGAAAUAAACUAGAUAUUAUUUUUCUUAGUGAAACGGAAAUAAAUAUGGAUUAAUUAACAGCUGUAAAAGUGAUAAUACAUCAGGAAAGAGAUGACAAGAUGAGAGCUGCUGUUCACCUCUAGGCUGUCUGUCAAUUCAGCUGGCUUAUACUAUUACAGAAGGUCAGGGGACGACACCAUGGUUACAGUGAAAUUGCUAUGGCUGACCAUAAUCACCUUAGCAACAAAUCUGGAAUACAUUUCCACAUGUCCAGAACAAUGUCUGUGCCAGAACACCAAUCUAACGAGUCAUGUGACCUGUGCCAAUCAAUCCUUAGAACUUAUUCCGGAGAAUAUACCAACCACAGUUACAAGCCUUGAUCUCCACGGCAACAAUAUAUCUAGUCUUACUGAUGUCUUUCAAAAUCUCAUGCAAGUGCAAAAAAUUGAUCUAAGCUUUAAUAACAUAAAAACAUUCCAGCCUACAGUUUUUAAAAGGAACUCACACUUGGAACAUCUUAAUUUAGCAGGAAACCAAUUAUCUUCCAUUGAAGACAAAUCUUUUCAAUAUCUGUCCCAGAUAAGAAGUCUAAACCUUGCAAAUAACUCAAUUACAUCCUUAAAUGGUGCAAUAUUUUAUGGUUUAUUCAAUUUGGAGGACUUACAACUAGAAGGAAAUCAGAUUUCCGAUGUUUCAAGUGAUGUUCUAUUAUUUGCCGACACACUGAUUCGUCUAGAUCUCAGUAACAAUAACAUCAGGGAUUUACCUCACAACGUCUUUGUCAACGUAUCAGCUUUACAAGAAAUUGAACUACAAAAUAACUUACUUACUAGCAUUAACGGACAAAUUCUAUUCGGUGAAAAGUCUGCUGUUCGGAGUUUGAAUUUUUCACACAAUGCAAUUCAUGAAUUGUCAAACCUAACGAUACCAAAUCUAAAUGACCUUGACCUAAGUUGGAAUAACUUAACUAAUUUAAGUGCCGAGUAUUUUGAACAUCUUGAAAAUUUGACAUCUUUAGUUUUAGACGGCAAUCCUAUUAGAAGUAUUGACACGGCAGUCUUUGAAAAACUUGCGAAUUUACGAGACCUCUCCAUGUCAAAUAUGCCUAAUCUUUUCUAUUUGUCAAAGUCGACAUUUCUCGGACUAGAAAUGUUAAAGGUGUUGAAACUUUGCUAUAAUCCCAAUCUGUCUUUCAUACAUAAACAAUUGUUUAUACCCUUACAGUCGGUCAGCAUUAUGGAUAUGAGCUAUAACCGUAUAUCUUCUCUUCAUAAUGAAACAGUAUUUGGAAAUUCACAACUGUCUAGUCUGGAUUUAACGGGAAAUAACUUGACUUGUGACUGUGCAAUAGAAUGGCUGAUUUUGAACUGCCAAUCAAAUGAUAGUGUAAUUGUAAAUUCUGAUCAAAUGAAAUGUGUUCAUCAGUCUUCUGGACAGGACGUAUCAAUUAUGGAUAUAAAUUUAGACCAACUUCAUUGUAGCGAAGUAAAAAUUGUUAACCAUACAAUGGACAGUGCUUUCAGAAUUGGGAAACCUGCAAUACUAAGAUGUGAAGCCAUAAGCAAUCCUACACCAGAAAUAACAUGGAUAACCCCACGUAAACGUGUCCUUUCGUUUCAUAAUUUUCAUGAACUUUCAACAACUGAUUACCUCCAUUUGGAAGAGCAGGUAUUACAGAUGGCCUCCAAAGAUCCUGACCGAUCAUAUUACUCGGAGAGUGAAUCUAGACCAGACAGGAUAAAAAUUCUAGCUGACGGAUCACUAUAUAUAGAGUUUGUAAUGCGAAGUGAUGGAGGACCAUAUAAAUGUAUUGCCAAAAAUCCUCAGAACUCUACAGAAAUUGUGAUAAAUGUAACGCUGGAUUACUCAGUGAUAAAUGGGGUAAAAAUCUGGAGUUUUAUAGUGGGUUUUUCCUGUGCUGGUGGAUUCUUUCUGUUAAAUUUGACUUACUCUUUAACAUUAGCUGCUGUACGACGUUGUGUCAGUCAGCGGCGAAGGGAACGUAUUCGACAGAUCAUGGAAAACAUGGACCAGUACAAGACAGCACAUCUGGCGAGAAUAAAGGAGAACUAUAAUCAUCAGGUUGGAAGAAUCCGAGACCAGUAUAAUUACCAACUUGGUCGUCUGCGCGAGCAUCACCAAAAUCAAGUGGGAAGAAUGGGACGUAUGCGAGAGGGUGCUUCUCAAAAAGUUGAAAAAUUGAAAGAUAAUUAUAACAAUCAAUUAGGCAAGCUGAAGGAUUACAGUUCCAGUCAAUUACUGCAACUGAGAGAAAAAUAUAACAGUCAGGUAGAUAAAAUGAAAGACUAUGGAAAUGACAAAUUAGAGAAAAUCCAUGAAAAAUAUAAACUCAAGCAACAGCAUGUGAUAAAACUGAUUGAAAUGAUGAAUCUUGACAGCUGUCGGACAGUUUUUGAAAGUGAGUGCGUACGAACCGAGUCAAUGAUAUUGCAUUCAGGCAUGUUUCCCCCUGACGUCCCUUUACAUAGUCCUUCUGGUUCAUUUAGUACAAGUGAUUCUGAAUACGUAACUGCAACAAGUUCAGAAUCAUCAAAGUAUUCGAGUAAGGAAAAUAUCAAUCAAGGUGAAAGCGAAAAAAGUGAAACAGAAAGUAGUCGUGCGUGUCCAAUGAAUCCCUAUCUACCUGAACAUGAUGAUAACCAUGAAGCAAGCCUGUUGCAAUUAAUGGAUUCUAACGCUGACAGCGCCUCUGGUGAAAAUGAUCAAGGUGCUUCAUGUACAUCUCAGUCAAUAAAAGAUAAGCCAAAACACAGAAAACGGCGACAUAAACCUCGAAGACAGCAUAAGAUCAUUGAUCCUACAGAAGCAGAAAUGCUAUAUAAAUAUUGCUCUGAUAAUGAAAGAAAUGAGGCUAUAGACUGUGACACAAAAGGGGUAGAUGAACUCAAAACAAAUGAGGCUAAAGAUAAUGACACAAAAGAAGCCAAAGAAGGUGAACCAGUCUGGCAUACAGGUGCACGGACUGUGUAUGGUGCACACACAAAUGAUGACUUAAACAAUUCAGGUGCACAUUCCCUUGCUAGACCUUCGGACCCAGGUCCAAGUGGGUCAAGAAGAAGCAGAAAACACAAAAAAGGAUCUAAAGUUGAAAGAACUAGUCAUACUGAUGGUCUAGAGGUUACAAAACAAGAUGAUGUUAGUAUUGAUAUAGACAAUGAUGAUGAUGAAGUAUUUUAUGACUGGACAAUAAAGGAAUCAGUUGUAUGAUAACCAAACUUCUUAAACUGAUGCUAUCAGCCUGGGGUUGUUGGAAAAGGGCCAUAUCGAGUGAAUUUUUUAAAUCUUAGCCUGCUGCAGGCGAAUUUAACAGCCUUUGCAAACAGCUUGGAACCAGAUCAGACACCGAUUAAAUCGACGACUGAUCAGGUUCCAAGCUGUUUGCUACUCUGACAAUAUUUCUUCCAAUUUUGGAGCAAAUUGAAUGAUCUUUACAAUUUUAGCAGACGACAUUUCCAGCAGACGAAAAUUUAUCUAGCAUGCUAAAGGUUAAAUCAGGUUUUUGCCGAUUUGAAAAAAUACAGACUUCUCCUGAAUGCCAAAUCAUCUUUUAUAAAAGUAUUUUUACUUUAUUUAUAAAAAAAAAAGCCCAAAUUUUUAACAAAAAAAAGAUACCAUGGCUUCAAGAUGGUCUUGUUACACCAGCCUGAGUUCACAAAUAUAGUACAGACAGAACUGAAUUUUACAUUUUAGCUCAAGUUGAAUGUUUAUACUAAGUCUUAUAAGUGAAUGUUUUUCAAUUCUCAAAGAUUCUGCAAGUCAGCUUCACAUCUAGAACUAUUUACUGCAAUAAUAACAAAAUAAUCAUCUUGUGUUAAGAAAAAGUUGUUACUAAUUAAUAACCUUUUACAGAAUUCUUAUCAUUAUUUAUAUGUUUUCCUUUAGAGCUGAUCGUAUUAACCGAUAAAUUUUAUCAUUCAGUUUUCAUAAUAAAACGCUCUAAAUAAAACAUACAGAAACAUAAAACUUGAAAGCAGAUUGCCCUACCUGUAUUUUAUCAUUUCAAAUUCAUGGUUUCAGUUUUUUUGUUUUUCUUUCAAAACAAGAUGCGUAAUCAACUUCUCUCAUAUUCAAAACACUCAUUAUUUUUAAUGGUCUAACACAUUAUCUUAAUGGUCUAAAUUCCACUUGGAAUCCUUCUAUUCUAACUGAACUUAGGGAGAUGAUACAGGCUUCCAAGAACUGCAGCGGCAGCUGAAGCAAAACAAAACAAAAAAACCACCCCGAACAUCAAAGCAUUAUUAACAUCUGUAAAUAUCUAUCCUCUUCCAUGUAAAAUCUAUGUAAUUGUUGAAGUUCCUUACAUUGUUUCAACUCAUCCUGUAAAUCUAAUGGGAAUUCACUUAAAUAAUUUAUUAACUUAGUCUCAUAAUAUUUUCAUAAGGAAUUUUGAAUAAAUUUCCAAUCCUUCACCUACAACACAAAUUAAUUAUGUAUGCACUAACUUUUAACUAAAAUCACAUUUUACAGAACUGAACUUUCUAACAAAGAACUCUAAUAGUCAUUUUCAGACCAAAAAAUGAGGCCUGCUCCAUCAGUAAUUUUGAAGUCAACAUUUAGCCAACAUAAAUUUAAUCAAGAAAAUAUUUGUAUUUCAAUCAUAUUCAGUCGUAUCUUUCUUCCUCUUAAUUUUUGCUUCCAUCACAUCAAAAAUGUUUGUUACUAUGCACUGUAUUUUACACUGGUGUCCUUUCUAACUUACUUUGACAUAAUUUUGUUUAAAACAUUUUGUAUGGUGACACUAUGUAAGAGUAUUGUCAUUGUUACAGGCAUUAUAAAGAUAAAUAUAAAAAAAUAAUUUCUAUGUCUAAUAGUAUACUCAUUGAUGACCAAAACUAUAUUUAGUUGAUAAAUAUAAAGAAUGAAUGAAAACACUUUAAGGCUGUAUAACUUAGAGAACAGUGAAUAUUUUUAGUACAAGUAUUCCAGUAAGGAUAAUUAUAAAGCACUGUUUUGUUUAAAGGUCCAAUACUAAGGAAAGUGAACAUUUUAAUUUCUUUUAAAAAGCACAGAAACUAUUUCAUUUUAUUGGAAAAUGAAAGUUGGUAUGUAGAAAUUUAAAAUAUAUAGCAGUAUAUGUACAAUUAUUUUUCUAUGAAGUAUGAAGAAAGUUAAAAAGACCUGGGGGGUCAUUCUGUCGAUUCAUUGAAAUUUCAACAUAAUACACAUACAUUUCCUUGAGAUCCAAAGACCUUCUGUAAAUUUUGACCUGCCAAUCUUCAUUAUUUAGUGUCUUGCAGAAGUCUAUGCACUGGCUAUGAAAAAAAUUGCCAACUCACUUUCUCUUAGUAAUGGACCUUUAAGUGUUCUUUGUUACUUGAGGAUAUAGAAUUACUGAAUAUUUUAGUACAAGUGUUCUUUAAUGUUAACUGCGGACUACAGAAUAUUUUAGUAAAUGUUCUUUAUUAUUCAGAGAAUACCAAAUAUUUUAAUACAAGUGUUCCUCGUUGAUUGGAGAACAUUGGAUAUUUUAGUACGAGUGUUCUUUGUUACUCAGAAAAUAUAGAAUAUUUUACUAGGAAUGUUCUUUGUUAUUUAGGGAAUACUUUGAAUAUCAGCACUCUUGUAUAUAUUGUUCUUUGUUGCUUUGAGAAUACCAAAUAUUUUAAUAGGAGUAUUCUUUGUUACUAAAAGCAUACUGUAUAUUUUAAUAUGAGUGUUCAUUUUACUUAGAGAAUAUUGAGUAUUCUUUGUUACUCAGAAAAUACUAAAUAUUUUUUAAUAAUGUGCUCUUUUUUACUUAGACAAUACAGAAUAUUUCAGAGUGUUCUCAGUGUAAAAAUAAAUCAGGAUGUAUGUUCUUUGUUACUUAGAGAAUACCGAACAUUUUCAGUGUUUCUUUGUUACCAAGACUGUGCAGCAAAGAUUUAUUUUAGAAUGAGUGUUCCUGUGCCUCUGAGAAACGGAAUAUUUUGAGCAUAUAAGAGUUUCAGAGUGCAAUUUUUCAUGCUAUUUUGAAAACUAUUUAUACAUUGAGUGCUUUGAAAGUGUGUUCACAGAGUCUUGAAAUAUGAAUGUUUUUGGUCCAAAGUUCCUCUACGGGAAGAGUAUUUAUUUAUCUGUAUUGUUAUUUCACCGUCACACAUAAUCUAGAAAAAAGGAAGUGUUUCAUAGAUUGUUAAUGAAAUCAAUAUUUAUCUUGUUGUGAAAAAAUGAUAUACUUAUUAUCUGGAAAUAAAAAAAAAAGUUUUUGUUGAA